AUGGAUCUCGCCAAUCUUCUCACUGGCGCUCCUAAGCCAUAUACCACCACCUACCACAAGCGUUCCUUGCAAGCGCCUCCUUCCCCGCCGGUCGAGGAACAGGUCAAGUGUUCGCUACCUUCCAUCUCCAGUCUGUUGGAAGGUGCCGAUGGUCAGCACGCAGCUAAGCGUCAACGUAUGAGCCCAUCUCUCUCUCGGGAUCGUGAUGUCCACUACGACACCAUCCACCUCCCACCUACUCCUCCUCUCCGCCCCGGCUCCGGAGCAGGCUAUACUCGCUCCCCAGAAAUGAGCACAAAGCCAACCCACCACCCCCACCGCUCAUCCGUCUCGAGCACCGGCUCCGCACCACUCUCCCACAGCGGUCCCUACGCCUCCCCAGCUCCAAGCGUCUUCUCCUACUCUUCACCCAUCGACGCUCAAGCCCCAGUUUACUUCUCCCGCCCACCAACCGCCUCAACCUUCCAACCCGCCACCCCGAUCUCCGCACCACAGAUGCCCCAGCAAUCACAACCCUCCCACUCCCGCUCCCACUCUCAACAGCCCGCUCCCCAGGUCCAGGCCCACCACCACCACCACCAACCCCAGCAAGCUUCUGCUCCUCGCUCCCCUUCUCUCAUCUCCCCCGUCACCCCGGCCUGGCAACACCACCACUACUUCCCGCCUUCCUCCUCAACAACAUACCAGCAGAACCAUGAUCGCUACAUCUGCCGCACAUGCCACAAGGCCUUCUCGCGUCCUUCCUCUCUGCGCAUCCACUCCCACUCUCAUACGGGCGAGAAGCCAUUCAGAUGCACACAUGCCGGCUGCGGAAAGGCCUUCUCCGUACGCAGCAAUAUGAAGCGUCAUGAGCGUGGCUGUCACUCCGGCCGCCCUGUCGUGCCCAUUGCACCUGCUGCACCCACCGCUCUCGUCUCAUAG